AUGAACCAUAUCACCUCACCAUUUCUCUCUUUGAAAACAUCCUUCCGCACCAGAAGCCAAAGCCCCAAAUCAGGCACCGACACAAGCCCAAGUUCAACAACAACCUCACCACCCUCCUCCCCAACAUCCACCCACUCACCUCAUACCUCUCCACACCACCUCUUCAACCUAUCCUUCCACCCCUCCAAAACCCACACAUUCCGACGGCAAUCCAGUGUUAGACACACCAGUAACCCCGGAAAUCAAUCCCGCCCGCGCCAAGUCUCAGACAACGCCAACGGCAUCACCGUGCCCCCCUGCGCUGUCCUACGCGGCCGCUCAUCGAUGGUCCUCCGCCAACGACCAUCCAAGACCGAUAUGGCGUUGAGCGAGGAGCGGUCGCGAUGUGAUGGGGAUUCCAUUGAGAGGCAGGGGUUGGGGCUGAUGGAGCCGCGGCCGGUGGAUUUGGGGGUGGGAGAGGUGAAGCCUAACUUUGUGAUGGGUGGUAUCUUUGAGGUUAUGGAGGGGCGGGAUUAG